AUGAUUGUUUCAAUUGUCAAUGCUGGUCAAAAAGUUUGUCCUGGUUAUGGAUUUAUUAAACCAUCGCCCAAUUGUGCAUCAACAUGUUCAACAGUAAAAGAUCGAUGUCCAAUAGGCAAAAAAUGUUGUUUUAGUAUGCAAAAACCAUGUGGCUUUCAUUGUAUUGUACCUAAAGAUAAUCAACCAAAACGAGGUAAAUGUCCAGCACCUCAAACCAAAAUAAAAAAUCCACUUUGGAAUUUAUGUGAUCGACAUCUUUGUGAUGUUGAUAAUGAUUGCAAAGGUACUACAAAAUGUUGUCGUAAUGCAUGUGGUGCGACAAUAUGUAUUGCACCACAACUCUCUACAACGAAAAUCAUUUAA